UUUCACUCACAAUGUGUCGGCAGUUUCUGCCAAGUUCCACCUGUAGCUAGUUACAUCUCUCAAGUCAGAUGUUUGACUGUUCUGUCCCUUGCCACAAGAAGUCAUGCCAACGGAACACACUGCUUCCAGGACCCCUGGCAGCCAGGGUGUGUCAGAGACCACAGCUUUAAGCCUCUGAGCUCCUGGUUUGCAGCUCUGUCUCCUUUGUGUGGCUUGCGGGGCUACUCUCCUAGCAAUGAUGUCUUCAUUGCUCCCAACCUUUCUGUGCCUAGCUCUGGCCACCCUGGCCACUUCCAGAGCCGACCACCAGUGCCCAGCCUGUGGGGGGCCCUCCUUAGACUUGAAAAGCCAGCGGGAGCUGCUUCUUGACCUGGCCAAGAGAAGCAUCUUGGACAAGCUGCAUCUGACCCAGCGCCCAGACCUAAGCCAGCCUGUGUCCGGAGCUGCUCUGAGGACAGCCCUGCAGCGACUUCAGGGGCCCGGGCGAGGGACCCUUCCAGAGACUGACAGGGGACAGGAAUAUGAAAUCAUCAGCUUUGCUGAGACAGGCCUUUCCAACGUCAACCAGAUGCGUCUUGACUUCCACUUCUCGGACAGAGCCGCUGACAGCAUGGAAGUCCAGCAGGCCAGCCUCAUGUUCUUUGUGCAGCUCCCUCCCAAUGCCACCCGGACUUUGCAGGUAAAGGUACUUGGUCUAGACCUACAUGACACCAACCUCUCCUUGGCCACCCAGCAUCUGCUGGAGGUGGAUGCCAGUGGUUGGCACCAGCUCCUACUGGGGCCUGAAGCUCAAAAUGCCUGCAGUCAGGGACACCUGACCCUGGAGCUGAUACCUGAAGGUCAGGGGGCUCAGAGCUCAGUCAUCCUUGGUGGGGCUGCCCACACACCUUUUGUGGCAGCUCGGGUGAGAGAUUCAGGCAAGCACCGGGUUCGCCGGCGAGGCCUUGACUGCCAAGGUGCAUCCAGGAUGUGCUGUCGACAAGAGUUCUUCGUGGACUUCCGUGAGAUUGGUUGGCAUGACUGGAUCAUCCAACCUGAGGGCUACGCCAUGAACUUCUGCGCUGGGCAGUGCCCACUACAUGUGGCGGGCAUGCCUGGCAUUGCUGCCUCCUUUCACACAGCAGUGCUCAACCUGCUCAAGGCCAACACCGAUUCGGGCACAGCUGGAGGGGGCUCAUGCUGCGUGCCCACAGCCCGGCGUCCACUCUCUCUGCUCUAUUACGAUAGGGACAGCAACAUUGUCAAGACGGACAUACCUGACAUGGUGGUAGAAGCCUGUGGGUGCAGCUAGCCUAAGUGUACAACAUGCCACUGGAGGGCAAGGAGUGACCCAAAGCCCAAGCAACCUAUGGAAGGAUUCCAAUUUUGACCUGACUUCUUCAUUUAAAAAGAGUCACGGGGCCAGGUGGUGGUGCACCUGGUUAGCGCACAUAUUACAGUGUGCAAGGACCCAGGUUCAAGCCCCUGGUCCCCACCUGCAGGUGGAAGGCUUUGCGAGAAGUAAAGCAGUGUUACAGGUGUCUCUCUGUCUCUCUCUGCAUCUCCCCCUUCCCUCUUGAUUUCUGGCUGUCUCUAUCAAAUAAAUAAAGAUAGUAAAGAAAAAAACUUUAAAAAAAUAAAUAAAUAAAAUAAAAAGAGUCACUGUUGGUGCCAGGCGGUGGGGAAGCGGGUUAAGCGUACAUGGCGCUAAGCUCAAGGACCAGCCGAAGGAUCCUGGUUUAAGCCCCCAGCUCCCCACCUGAAGGGGGGGGGUCGCUUCACAAGCAGUGAAGCAAGUCUGCAGGUGUCUGUCUUUCUCUCCCUCUCUCUGUCUUCCCCUUCUCUCUCAAUUUCUCUCUGUCCUAUCGAACAACAAUAAUAACAGCAAUACUAACAACGAUAAUAAUAACAACAGCAAUGAUAAACAACAAGGGCAACAAAAGGAAAAAAAAAUUGCCUCCUGGAGCAGUGGAUUCGUAGUGCAAGCACCGAGCCCCAGCAAUAACCCUGAAGGCAAAAAAAUAAAAAGAGUCACUGUGUGGGUGGGCAGGUAGAUAGCAUAAUGAUUAUGCAAAGAGACUUUCAUGCAUGAGGUUCCAAAGUCUCAGGUUCAAUCCCCUGCACCACCAUAAGCCAGAGCUGAGCAGUGCUCUAGUGUGAAAAAAAAAAAAAAAAAGUCAUGAAGUCACUCUUCAUGACCACCAGCUUUCUCUUAGUCUACCCCAGGGACUCUGAGCCACUUCCCACCUGAGCAGUAUCCUCUGGUCCCAGAAAAAGACACCCACAAUCCCAUCCCAAUUCAUGCUACUCAUGCUUAAUCUGCUUCCCACUUACAGGAUUCACUCAAGUUGAGUUGCCCUGAACCUGUUCUCUGAGUUCCUGGAUCCCUAAGAGAGCCUCUUCCUUGAGUUUAUCAAAGAUUAUAUCACUAUCUCCCAAAUAAGGUUUCCUACUCUGUGUCUUGAGCUACUUUCUCUUAACUUGCCCAGGUGGGCUGCUCCUCUGUCCCAUUCCCUGUGCUGGGGGCUGACUUACCAGAGCAAUAUCACCCAAACUUUUUUUUUUUUUUUUUGGCUUCCAGGGUUAUCACUGGGGCUCAAUGCCUGCACUACAAAUUCACUGCUCCUGCAGCCAUUUUUUUUUUUAAUAGGACAAAGAGAAAUUGAGAGAGGAGGGAAGAUAGAAAGGAAGAGAAAAAGAAAGACAUUUGCAAACCUGCUUCACUACUUGUGAAGUGACCACCCUAUAGGUGGGGAGCCAAGGACUUGAACCGGGAUCCUUGUGUGGGUCCUUGCACUUCAUACUAUGUGUGCUUAACCUGGUAUACCACCUCCCCACCUUUUUUUUUUAACCCCAAGGCACUAGGGAGUGAUUCCAGGGCCUACUGCAUGUGUCCAAUCACCUAGUAUCCUCUCUCUGGACAGAUAACUACAUUCUCUCUCUCUCUCUCUCUCUCUCUCUCUCUCUCUCUCUCUCUCUUUUUGCUGAGCUCUAGCUUAUGGUAGUGCUAGGGGUUGAAUCUGAGACCUAUAAGUCUCAGGCAUGAAAGUCUGUUGUAUGUCCCAGGAUGUGGAGAUGUGGAGUAGUAGAUACAGUGUUGGACUCUCAAGAAUAAGGUCCUAAAUCCAAUCCCUGACAUCACAUAUGCCAUAGUGAUACUCUGGUUUGGUCUCUAUUUCUCUCCUCCCUCCAUAAGUAAACAAAUAAAUAAAAAUUUAAAGGGAGUCGGGCGGUAGCGCAGCGGGUUAAGCACAGGCGGCACAAAGACCAGCCUAAGGAUCCCGGUUCAAGCCCCCGGCUCCCUACCUGCAGGGGAGUCGCUUCACAGGCGGUGAAGCAGGUCUG